CACGUGAAGCCUGGAAUUCGGCGAGUUAGAAAUCAUAUCAACCCUCUCCGCUCUCCACUCUUCCGGUUUUCCAUUGCAGACGCUGGAUUACCGUCAUUUUCAUGCAGAUUUCCUAAUUAAAGUUAUUUUCUUUAUGCCUGAAUUGAAGUGACAAAGUAGAUUUGCAGCAGCUUUACCUAGAUUUGCAGGGGACGUUCAAAUGUCGGCGCCUGCAGAUGCAUCUACUGCUUCAUAUAUUCAUUUGGUUCAGCACUUGAUUGAGAGGUGUUUGCUGUUUAACAUGGAUCAACGGGAAUGUUCAGAGGCACUUUCUAAGCAUGCCAAUAUUGAACCCACCAUAACUAUUACAGUGUGGAAUGAAUUGGAAAAGGAAAAUAAAGAUUUCUUCACAAAGUAUAACGAAAAGAGAAAAGAAAACAAAAGCCAAGAGCUGAAGCAGAUGGUAGAUGAUAUAAAUGCUAGAUUUUGCAAGAAAACUCUUUAAAGCAUAAUUACAACCUGUUUCUGGAUAAUUUUCCACUGUACGUAUUUGCUGUAAAUCUGGCAAAUGAAUUGGCAAAAGCAGAUCUUGUGGCAUAUAAUUUGAUUUAUGUGAUCAAAUUCCAAAUAUCUCAUCAUUAUGUGGUUUUUGGUGCGCUCGCUCCAUAUAAUGUGCACCAGUGUCCAUAUACAAAUAUGGAUUUAUUAAAAUUCUGAAUAAUCUUGUUUUCA